UACUGGUGUGUACUGGGAGCGGCUCCUGUCCCUUUAAGAGCGGGCGUGGCCGGGUGACAUCACAGGGACAUGAAUGAACAGGAGCGGGGUGCUCAGCCCCACACGCCCCACAGCGCUGGUUGUGCCGCCGGUUGUGGGGUGCACCCCGGCCCCCCAAGCCCCCCGCCAUGGCUGGCACCCCCCCAGCCUUCACCCUCCUCUUCCUCACCGCCGUCACCCCCCUGGCAGCCGAAGAAGUGGUCCUGCUGGACUUCGCCAAGGCACAGGGGGAGCUGGGCUGGCUGACCCAGCCCUACGGCAAAGGGUGGGACCUGCUGCAGAACGUGCUGAACGACUCCUUGAUCUACAUCUACUCGGUGUGCAACGUGCUGGAGGGCGAGCAGGAGAACUGGCUCCGCACCAACUGGAUCUACCGCGGUGUGGCCCAACGCAUCUUCAUCGAACUCCAAUUCACCGUCCGCGACUGCAACAGCUUCCCCACCGCUGGCGGCGGCUCCUGCAAGGAGACCUUCAACCUCUACUAUGCCGAAUCCGACGUGGAUUACGGCACCAACUUCCAGAAGAGACAGUUCAAGAAGAUCGACACCAUCGCGCCGGAUGAAAUCACCGUCCAGGAUGAUUUUGCUUCCCGGAAUGUUAAACUCAACGUUGAGGUCCGAUCGGUGGGACCUCUCCGUCGGAAAGGUUUCUACUUGGCUUUCCAGGAUUUGGGAGCGUGCGUGGCGUUGCUUUCCGUUCGGAUUUAUUACAAGAGGUGCCCGGCUGUUUUACGGGGGAUGGCUCGCUUCCCCGAGACGGUGGCCGGUGUCGACUCGCAGACCUUGGCCGAGGUGCGGGGAAGGUGCGUGGAGGAGGCGGUGGCUGAGCAGGCGCCUGCGCUGCACUGCAACGCUGACGGCGAGUGGCUGGUGCCCAUCGGGGAGUGCCUGUGCCGCGCUGGCUAUGAGAAAGCGGGAGAGACUUGCCAAGCUUGCCCCCCCGGCUCCUUCAAGGCCACCGUGUCCCCCGAGGGCUGCCAGCCCUGCCCGCCCCACACCCUGCCCUCCCCUGCUGCCGCCGCCACCUGCCCCUGCCAGGACGGCUUCUUCCGCGCCCCCACCGACCCCCCCGCCGACCCCUGCACCCGUCCCCCCUCGCCCCCCCAAGGUGUCACAGCUGUGGGGCUGGGGGCCACGGUGCAGCUGCGUUGGUCCCCCCCUGCUGACCCCGGCGGCCGUAGGGAUGUCACCUACAGCGUCACCUGUGAGCAGUGCUGGCCGGAGAGCGGGGAGUGCCGUCCCUGCGACGGGGGGCUCCGCUAUUCACAGCCCCCCCGGGGGUUGACGGGGACGGGGGUCACCGUCACCGACCUGGAGCCACAUGUCAACUACACCUUCACCGUCGAAGCCCAGAAUGGCGUGUCACCCUACAGCCACCACCGUAGUGUAGCCACCACCACCAUCAGCGUCAACCAGACGGAGCCACCUCGGGUGACAUCGGUGAGCCUGGAUGGACGGACGGCCACCAGCUUGGUCCUCUCCUGGACGGUGCCACCGCGGCAGCAGAGUAGGGUCUGGAAGUACGAGGUCACCUACAGCAAGAAGGUGGAUGAGAACAGCUACUCAGUGCUGCGCUGCGAGGGCACCUCCGUCACCCUCCCCAAGUUGUCCCCUGCCACCGCCUACGUGGUGCGGGUCCAGGCGCUCACCCCGGACGGCCACGGUGCCUACAGCCCCCAGCACGAGUUCGAGACCCUGCCCGAGGGCACCGAGGCCAUGGCAUCCACCGCUGUCAUCAGCGGCUCCGUCGCUGGUGUCAUCUUUGUAGUCCUCCUCUUGGCCAUUCUCUACAUCCUCCGGCGGAGGAGGAGGUCACGGCCACGCCAGUCUGCCGAGGAUGUCUACUUCUCCAAGUCAGACCAGCUGAAGCCCCUCAAGACCUACGUUGACCCACACACCUACGAAGACCCCAACCAAGCCAUGCUCAAGUUCACCACCGAGAUCCCUCCAUCUUCCAUCACCCGCCAGAAGGUCAUCGGCGCUGGUGAAUUUGGGGAGGUCUACAAGGGCACCCUGAAGCGUGGUAAGAAGGAGGUGCCGGUGGCCAUCAAGACCUUGAAGGUGGGCUACACGGAGAAGCAACGGGUGGACUUCUUGAGCGAAGCGACCAUCAUGGGCCAGUUCUGCCACCACAACAUCAUCCGCCUGGAAGGGGUCGUCUCCAAGUACAAACCCUUCAUGAUCAUCACGGAGUACAUGGAGAACGGCGCGCUGGAUAAAUUCCUGCGGGAAAAACAGGGGGAAUUCGGUGUCAUCCAGCUGGUGGGGAUGUUGCGGGGCAUCGCCGCCGGCAUGAAGUACUUGGCCAACAUGAAUUAUGUCCACCGGGAUCUGGCCGCCCGGAAUAUCUUGGUGAACAGCAACCUGGUGUGCAAAGUGUCCGAUUUUGGGCUUUCACGGGUGUUGGAAGACGACCCCGAAGCCACCUACACCACCAGCGGGGGGAAGAUCCCCAUCCGCUGGACGGCGCCCGAAGCCAUCUCCUACCGCAAGUUCACCUCUGCCAGCGACGUCUGGAGCUACGGCAUCGUCAUGUGGGAGGUGAUGUCCUACGGCGAGCGCCCAUACUGGGAGCUCUCAAACCACGAGGUGAUGAAGGCCAUCAACGAGGGCUUCCGCCUGCCGGCGCCCCUGGAUUGUCCCUCUGCCAUCUACCAGCUGAUGAUGCAGUGCUGGCAGCAGGAGCGCAGCCGGCGCCCCAGGUUUGCCGAUAUCGUCAGCAUCCUCGACAAGCUCAUCCGCGCCCCCGACUCCCUUAAGGCGCUGGCAGACUUCGACCCCCGGGUCUCCAUCCGCCUGCCCAGCACCAGUGGCUCAGAGGGAGUCCCCUUCCGCUCCGUCCCCGAGUGGCUGGAGUCCAUUAGGAUGCCCCAGUACACGGAGCACUUCAUGGCCUCGGGCUACAGCACCAUCGAGAAGGUCCUGCAGAUGACCAGCGACGACAUCAAGAAAAUCGGGGUGCGCCUGCCGGGGCACCAGAAGCGCAUCGCCUACAGCCUGCUGGGGCUGCAGGAGCAGCUCGGGGCCGGGGGGGUCCCCAUUUAACCCCCCCCCCAAUACUUGAAAGCAACCAAAUGAAGACACACACACCCCUCCUCCUCCCCGAGGGGUUUAUUUAUUAUUUCUAUUAUUAUUUUGGUUUUUUUAUAGUAUUAUUAUUAUUAUCAUCCCCGGGGUUGGGGAUUGAAACAGGUGUCACCCCCCAUCCUCCCCCCUCCCCCCCCAAAAAAAAAAAUGCCAAAAAUUAAAUUUCAAGCUCUUUGGGGGCUGGGCGAGGUGUUUUGGGGGGUUCCUCUUUUUUUUCUACAUUUCAAGAAAAAAAACAAGGGCUCAGCCCCCACACUGGCUUAUUUUUGCUUUUUUCUCCCUAUUUAUUCCUCUCCCACCGGGUUUUUGGGUGGGUUGUUUUUUUUUCUCCCCCUUUAACGCUGAUCUGCCAGUGUUACCUUUUCCUUUUGUUUUUUAACCUAAUUUAUUCUAUUUUUAUAUAUUUAUUGCAAGGAAGCAAAGGUCAUGUCAGAUUUUUGAGAGCAAAAAGGGGGAUUUUUUUUUUAAAAAAAAAAAAAAAAAAACAACAAAAAACCCGGAUCCCCAUUCCCGUCGUCCCCCUCCUUUUCAUUUAUUUUCAGGGGUUUGGGGGAUUUUUGUGGGGUUUUGAUUAAAAUAAAAUUGUGGUUUUUCUGUU